AGGAGCCCUCAGACAAACACAGGCAGCCCUGAGGUGUGAGACCAGUGAAAGCACAUAAAACCAGAGCAGAGCGCCUCUUCAACAGCACUGCUGUCAGCUUCCUCUCUUCAGCUUUGUGGAUUUUUGCAAACACUGACUUCAGGAGAAGUUUUGUUUGGAAUACUUGGACUUAUUUAAAUUAAAAAAAAAAAAAAAAAAAAAAACUUUUCUGGGAUAAAAUGGCACUUCAGCAGAACUCGGACAAGGAGCCAAACAUCGAGCUGUUCAUUAAGGCUGGACAUGACGGUGAGAACGUGGGGAACUGCCCUUUCUGCCAGAGGCUCUUCAUGGUGCUGUGGCUGAAAGGAGUGAAGUUUACAGUGACCACUGUUGAUAUGAGGAAGAAGCCAGCUGAGCUCAAAGACCUGGCCCCUGGGACUAACCCUCCUUUCCUCCUCUACAACGGCACCCUCAAAACAGACUUCAUCAAAAUCGAAGAGUUUCUUGAACAAAUGCUGGCCCCUCCCAGGUAUCCUCAUCUCAGCCCGAUAAACAAAGAGUCCUUUGACGUUGGAGCUGACAUCUUUGCAAAGUUCUCAGCUUUCAUCAAGAACAGCCCGAAUAAUGCCUCACAAGAGAAAAACCUGCUGCGGGAGUUGAAGCGUCUGGAUGACUACCUGAACAGCCCCCUCCCCGAGGAGAUCGACCACAACUCAACAGAAACGGUCACUGUCUCCAAGAGGAAGUUCUUGGACGGUGACCGUCUCACCUUAGCCGACUGCAACCUGCUGCCCAAACUGCACGUUAUCAGGGUUGCUUCCAAAAAGUACUGCAACUUUGAGAUUCCCGCACAUUUCACAGGCGUGUGGCGAUACCUUCAAAAUGCCGACGAGAGAGAUGAGUUCAAACAGACGUGCCCAGCCGACAUUGAAAUUGAGAAGGCUUACUUAACCGUGGCCAACAAGAGGAAAUAAACAUCUGACUCUUUGUGGUGAUCGUCCUGUUCUUUUUCUUUGUUUUUCUUUAACCAAAUGUAACCAUGAUGUGUGUAGAGAUGGUGAUCUGUAGAGGGCACUGCAAACUGUGCCAAUAAACCAGGCACUUGUUGUAGAGCGCUGAGACAUCCUAAAGGGAAGCAUUUUGGUAUUGACCAUUUAUCUAUACUCACUCACAGACAAAAAAAAAAAAAAAAGGCCACAUGUGCAAUUGAUUAUUGAUUUAUAUUUUGCAGAGCUUUGUUUAUAGUGUAAAUAUCUAUUUUCUUUUCUUUUUUUUUGCUUUUUAGAAUCAAAAUACCCACAUAAAUAUAUGUAUGAUUGUGUUAGUGUGAGCAAUAGCUGCAUGAACAGUUCAUUUUCGUGUAAAACACUCCUGUAUCUUACACUGUACACACUGUACAAAUACAGUUUCAUAUAAUUGAAUUGUCACACUAAUAAAAAAAAUCACAUUCCUUUGUCAUAA